AUGACAACAGGUAAGGCAACAACAACAGGAAAGGCAAAAGGAAAGACAACAGGAAAGAGAAGAAGCAAAAGAACAACCCAAAUGUUGAGGAACCGUUACCCACAUGGUGUUAAAUUCCAUUUGGUGAAGGAUAAAGAUGGCGACACUACAAUUAAUCCACCUCAGGAUGACAUAACUUGUACUACUGCAGAUGAAAAUAUAGAAAGAACAAAUGCUCCUUUACAGUCUUCUCAACAUCAUGGAGAUAAAAAAUCCAGUUAUAACGGUCAAUGGACAGAAGAAGACAUGGAAUGUGCUAUGAAAGAUGUUGAAGACAAUUCAUAUUCCAUCAGAGCAGCUGCGAAAAAGUGGGGAAUUCCUGCGAGCACUUUAACAUAUUGGCUUUUAGGGCUAACAACAAGAAAAAGAAGAGGUCCACCAAUGAUCCUUUCAUUGGAAGAAGAGCUAGAAAUUGUUGACUGGUGUAAAGAUAUGGCACAACUUGGUCAUAGAUUAGAGAUCAUUCAGCUAAAGUCACAUGUAGCUCAUAUAUGUGAAACAAGGCCAAAUCCAUUCAAGAAUGGUUUCCCAGGCAGAUCAUGGUGGACAGGUUUCUGCAAACGCCAUCCAGAUUUGACAAUAAGGACUACAGAGGGUCUAGACAGGGAUAGAGCAGUAAUGCUACGACCAACUAUUGUGACAGAUUUUUAUGACAACCUAGAGAAAUUGUACAAUGCUUCUGAAUACGGACCAACAAAAAUAUGGAAUUGUGAUGAAACAGCAGGUCAUAGCAUUCCAGGAUUUUAUCUUUUCAAGGCCAAAAGACAGCUUAAAAACUACAUUGCCAACUGUGAACUAGGAGCAUGUAUGGCUGCACAACCACAUGCUUGGAUGACAAAAGAAUUAUUUUUAAAUUGGCUAUAUCACUUUGCCAAAUCUGUUCUGGGUGGAGUUUCACCCACAAACAGACAUCUCCUUAUAUUUGACGGUCAUCGAAGCCAUGUUGCUUUGACUACAAUCCAUGAAGCAAAAUCUCUUAGUAUUGAUCUUCUAACAUUGCCUGCCCACACCAGCCACAAAUUGCAGCCUCUAGAUGUGAGUGUGUUCUCUCCAUUCAAGGCACAUUUCAAAUCUAAAAGGUCAAAAUGGAUGGCCAAACAUCCACACAUAGAAAUAAGGAGAACUGAAUUGGCAGAACUUGCAAGUAAAGCAUUCAAACUUGCCCUGACAUCUGAAAACAUCAUAGCUGGUUUCCAAAGGACCGGAAUAUGGCCAUUAAAUAAAGAUGCUCUUUGUAAUGACAUGAGACCAAGUGAUGCAUUCAAUUUAUGA